AUGGCCGACCAAGGCGCCGGCGGGCACAUAUCGCAACACUCGAGAUCAGAAUCUCAGAAUGAGACAGCGCCAGCAGAGAGAUUAGUGGACACGAUAAGUACGACAUCGACCGAUCCGGAAGACCAUGUACUACAGCACCCACGAUCAGAGUCCGAGACGUCCCAAACGUCAAAUACAUCGGCGUCCUCGGCACCGUCAGUGGUCUCGUGCCCAUUGAUACCGUCCGAGAAUAUCCCGGCUCGUCAGUUGGCUCCCGCGAGGACGCCCGAACCAAGGAAUCAGAUUUCUCAUCCACCUCGACCGCUCGAACCACCUGUCACCAAGGCGACGCUGAGCGAGUUGGACGUAAGCAAGAUCAUACACAACCCCAAACUCCGACACGACAUCAACUUUGAUCCGGAACUUCACUUUCGACCGAAUUUGGACGGAGACAAAGGGCGAAGAAAGCAGGAAAAGGCAAACCAGUUCUGGACGACGCUUCGUGACCAACUCACUUCCUUUGUGGUGGACAGAGAAACAUUUAGAAGGGAGUACCCCGCUGGGACCGACUGGUGCUUGCCAAUUCUACUGAAGUCCGUCAAGGAGAUUAUACAGACGCUCGUACCACAACGAGACCGCGAAUUUCUCCACGAGGGUUUCAAUGUGGAGCUUCUCAUGCAACAGUUCAAUCAGGGUAUGGCAGAUUUGGAAAAGGUUGCCUCCUGGUUGUCCGGUGUCCUCAAGCUUCACUGCGCCCCCAUGCGUGAUGAGUGGGUGGAUGAGAUGUACAGCGAACUCUCCAAUGGCAACCGCAACAACGACAUGGCCGAGCUCGUGAAGGGCAUGCGAAGUCUGCUCAGCGUCCUAGAGGCGAUGAAGUUGGACGUCGCCAAUCACCAGAUACGGUGCCUCAGGCCGAUGCUGAUCGAAGACACUGUACACUUUGAGCAGCGAUUCUUCUACAAAAAGAUCGCCGCGAAUAGGCUGGACAUCAGUGGGGCACGGCUGUGGUACGCGGAGGCGUUGCGGUCAAACUCGGGAGUGCCUCAGGACACACGGAGCUUUGGCGAGACGGCUGCAUUCUUUGCGGCUCUGGCCAAGUUGAUCCUACCCUCGACAGCCAAGGAGACCAUCCCAAACACCUUUCUGUUCGACGAGGAGCGGAUAAUCAAGCUCCGUUCCGACAUGCUUGACGCUAUCAACCUAGAGGUCUGCAUGAGGCUUUAUGAUGAUCUGGAUCGCGUAUCGAGGAUCACUUCUGUCACACCGUCCUUUGUCCCACCUCCAACCUCUGUUCCAUCGUAUGUGGUAGAUGAAGAAUCCAGCACGCACAGCAACAGGAACUCGGGCGACUUCAGCUUCCUCAACACACCUCCAUCUCGCCCUUCCAGCCUGACCCUCUCCGCCUGCGGCUCCACGACCUCAUCGCCCCGGAGCUCUGGCUACAUCACCCUCCAGCCGCCCACCUCAGCCGAUACCGCCGAGUCAAAAACCGACAAGGACAACACCGUGUACGACUCGCUUGUUGCCCUGCUGAACACGGCCCCACAGAACCAAAGACCGCAACAGCGCUGGCAAGGCCUGGUCCCUUCCAUUGCGAUACAGAUUUUCCGCUACACGAACGCUCCACAAGACUUCCUGCCCCGAUUUGAGGCCAAACUCGCCCAGCAUCUUUGCGAGAUGAACAGCGAUCUGUAUCAUGCUGUCGAGGCUGCUUUCCAGCGCAGGAUCAUGAGAUCACUUAGCGGGCGUGUGAAAGACUUCAGGAGCCUGAGCGGCGUUGCACUCUUCUCUGUUGCCACUGGUGGGCGUAUGGGAGGCUCGGGAUCCGCACGAGGCGAAGACGGCGGUUGCGAUUCUUCAAUGACUUCCGAGGCCGGACAGAUGUCGAGGGAAGAGGGAGCCCUACAGGAGCUCGUAGAGGACAUGGCCGUACGGUUGGCCCACCUGGGCAUUCUGCACUGGAGAGUUUGGGCUCAGCUGGCCUAUCUGGAAGAAGACCCGGACGAGAUGGACAUCGAGUGA